UCUGGAAAGCAGUUCAGAUACAGAAUACAUGCUGGCUAAGCCGGACCCAAGCUGGGGAUAAUCAUAUGUGUGCAGUCUCCUGCCGCAGCUGGUGCUGUGUGACCCAGGACAGCGUCCGAAUGCGGGGAGGGGGAGUGAGAUUGCUUUUUGUGGCGCAUUAAGAGUUAGAGCUGGUACCCAGAAAUUGUGCUGUUUCACAUUACAGAAGAUUUGGACAAAGCAAAAAUCAAAGGAAGCAAUGAGCAAGCCACUAGACGUUGGGAAUAGGAUGAGAGUCUGUCUCCACAAAGGAAUGAGAUGCUAAAGCUGACUCGUAAGUGGGAUAUUUAUGGUGGAACAUUCGCUCAAAGUCAAACAAUGCAGCAGGAGAAUUUUGCAGCUACGAGAUGUUUUUCAUGUGUCAAAGGAUCCCAGUGCUGCUAUUCUCUUAAUACACGGAAACGCUGCCCAGUCUUCGGCUUGUAAGUGAUGGCAAAUUUUGGGAGUAAGGGGCAGGACCACAAAAUGCUGUCACCCCCUUCCUGCUCUCUAUCAACAGCCAAUCUCCAAGAGAAGAGACACAAACAGCAGGAGCGUGUGUCCCCGGGGAAAGGAAUUGCCAUCCAUUUAACUUCUCUGGCAGGGCGUGGAGACUGGGAAAGAUCAGAAGGACGGGAAAUGGCCUGCUCAAUGGCUAGGGAGGACAAUGGAAUAACUAUGGCAGAGGAGAAUGAAGGAAUACCAGAAGAAAAUGUUCCUUACUCUGAGGAACGCAUAAACCUACCAGCUUUAUCACUCCCAUCUUCUUCUUCACUUUCUGGAUUUUUAGGCGACUUCUUUUUUCCAACUGUUUCUUCCCCUUUAGCAUCCUCAGUUAACUCUUGUGGUUCUUCCGAAACAAUGCCUCUGAUUAGCCUCGUCAAAUCCCUGUCAACGGAAAUCGAGUCCAAGGACGUGUCACCUCUGAAACCGAAGCCUUUGCUUAGCCUGGUCAAGUCCAUCUCCACUGAAAUCUCACGUCACGAACCUGAGGUUACCCAGUCAAAGUCAGACUCAAAGCUGAACUUGUACCUUUGGCACCAGUUAACCCAACCCAGGGGAAGAAAUGGAGAUUCCAAGACAGCUCCACCAUCGCCGCUGCUUUCACCAGCCGAGAGCAAAAUUAGUUUCUUCAAGGUUCCUGAAGUCGAAGCCAAGCUUGAAGACACCAAAAGGAAAUUCUCCGAGGCUAUCCAAGAGCCAUUGAACAUGCUAAGUAAGAUCAUUGGAGAUGAAAGUAGUGGAAGCCCCAAAUCUAAAGCAUCACAAUCAAACACCAGUAGCACAGAUUCCUUCCGUUCCCCCAACUCUGAAGUCUGUGGCAGUGAUGCACAUAACAAGAACAAAAGGCCUGGCUUUGAUAAGUUCAGAAUGGAGAUGCUUAAAUCGGAAAAGGGAGAGGCUGGUCGACCACCUCAUACAGAAGUGGCUUCUACAGGAAGACAUGCAAUUGAGAAACAGAGGAAACACUAUCUGCCCUUUCCACAGGGUUAUGGGGACACCAGUAACCCAAGAUAUGAGAUCUGUUCAGAUGGAGAUGUGCUACAGAUUAUAGAAACUGAGCCCAAUGAAGACAAUAUGUGGUGUGGACAUGAUACAACAUACUCCUAUUCCAGUCAAGCCUUGACUCCACUACAACCUUCUCAAAAAGUGCCAAGUAAAACUCUAAUGUGUUUUGCCACUCUGGCCUACAGCUAUUUUGUAUUACCGCUGCCAUCGUUCUUCUCUGGCCUCUGCAUUGGACUUGCCUGUGGAUUUAUAAUGAGCCUACUCAUCAUUUCACUGCAGACACCGAGGCUUCCACAACCCAUCCACAUAAUCUCACUGGGUGGUAAACCUCUGCAGUCGGAGAACAUAAUUAGGGAACCCAAGGAUUCCGAAAUUGUCAAGGGAUGGAUGAAUGAAAUCUAUAACUAUGAUCCUGAGACUUACCAUCCAUCACUGACUUUCUCAGUCUAUGCGACACUAGAGGGGACAGCACUGAGGCUCUCGUACCCAAGGAGUAAUAUCCCUCGCCGUGCAUACUUCGAUGAAGGCAAACAUGAUAUGGCGUUCAUUAGCCAUCGCUCCUGCGAUCUGGCAGACAGCGAGAUUUUUCUCGUCCCACCUGGCCUGGCAAAGAAAAGGAUGUGGAAUAAGAAGUACCCCAUCUGUAUUUUCCUCAGAGAGGCUGCGCCCUACAAGUUCAAAUGCUCCAGAGACAGAGAGAUGAAGGCAGACAGGGACACUGAAGGGCAAAGGGACAGGCCAGAAAGCACACUGACACCAGAGGAUCUCCUCAGACGUCAUGCAGAAAGUGGGGAAAAUACACUCUUCCUCUUCGGGAGGACAGGACGGGAGAAAGAAGAAUGGUUCAGAUAUUUCCUGCUGGCUUCCAGGAUGCAGUCAGAGGACAAGAAGAGCCUCAGCAGAGAUGGUGGGAAAGCUGGUACUGCGCAGAAUCCCAGCACUAGCCCAUUGGGGAGAUUGGCUUACAGCGACAGCAGCAGCAGAGGCAGUGCAGAAGAUCUCCCGUCCCUUUUCAAAACCAAAGACUUGGCUGGAAACAUCAAGCAAAAGAUUCAGCUGGAGUACAGCAUGUACAUGGCAAAGUUCACUGCCUCAGACAACUGCAGCCCUUGUCUGAGCCCUGAAUGUAGUACAACCAACAGCCCAACCAAGGGCCAGAUGCCUGGUGAAGCCCAAGUCAGUGCAGAGCCCCAACUGUCCUGGAUAAAUGCAUUGAUUGGGAGAAUCUUCUGGGACUUCCUACGGGAAAAGUACUGGGCAGAUCAAGUUGCUCGGAAAGUCCAGAAGAAGUUAAGCAAGAUCAGGCUGCCGUAUUUCAUGAAUGAGCUGACCCUCACAGAGUUGGACAUGGGGACGCUGCUACCUGUGGUCACCCACUCUUCAAGUCCAUCUGUCAACCAAAAAGGCCUGUGGGUGGAUUUGGAAAUUGAGUACCAUGGGGCUUUGCAGAUGACACUGGAAACCAAAAUGAACCUGUGCAAGUUGGGGAAGGAGUCGAUGCCAGAGGGAGCCCGACAGACUGACAUGAGAACGGAGCAGUGCAAACCCCGAGCACUUGUUCUGGCAGAUAGUGAUGAGGAAUCUUCAAGUGCUGGGUCUUCAGAUGAAGAGGAAGUGCCUUCAGCAGAACCACAAGGUGUUGAGAAACUUGGACCACCUGGUGUAGAGGGGUUUGCUGCCGGGAGCAGCACCAGCAGAAAGAUUCUUCGCUUUGUGGACAAGAUUGCCAAAUCGAAAUACUUUCAAAAAGCCACCGAGAAUGAGUUCAUCAAGAAGAAAAUAGAGGAGAUGUCAAACACUCCACUCCUCCUGACUGUCGAGGUUCAGGAACUAGCAGGAGUGCUGGCUGUUAAUAUUCCACCACCCCCUACCGAUCGAAUAUGGUACAGCUUCCAGACUCCACCUCGGCUGGAAUUUAAGGUGCGGCCCAAGUUGGGUGAACGGGAAGUCACUUUCACACAUGUGACUGAGUGGAUUGAGAAGAAACUGCAGCACGAGUUCCAGAAAGUCUUCGUGAUGCCAAACAUGGACGAUAUCUAUAUUCCCAUCAUGCACUCUGGCCUUGAUAAACCAGAUCAGUCCAAGCAAACUCCAGAGGAAGUCCCCGCCAAAGCCUCCUUUGAUUCGACAGACAGAUACUAAGAACUGAUUCUUGCAAAUGGCUGAAAACAUUUCAGGAAAGAUACUUGCUACUGAAGUCUGCCAAAAAGUCUCAUCCCAAGCUACUUCCUGAAAAUUACAAGUGGAAGGCCCAAGCUGUCUCCUCUUUGUGAAUUUGGCGCAUCUUCCUUAGUCAUGAUUGAGCACUGUACGCGCGAGUGGAAUCUUCUGAAUGCGCUGGGAGGCACCAUGGGGAGAAUUAGCACUGCUGCCUCACUGUGUGCCAGGGACCUGGGUUCGAUUCAACCCUCGGGUGACUGUCUGAGUUUGCAUGUUCUCCCCAAGUCUGUGUGCGUUUGCUCCGGUUUCCUCCUACAGUCCAAAGAUGUGUAGGUUAGAUAGAUUGGACAUGGGAAAUGCAGGGUUACAGGGAUGGGGUUGGGUCUGGGUGGGGUGCUGCUCAUGUGGAUUUGAUGGGCCAAAUGGCCUGCUUCCCCACUGCAGGGAUUCAAUGACUAUCGCUGUGCAUUUUCCGACCUGAAAUCUCUCCCAUUUGCUCUGGAACAGUGGUGAUUUGCACCUAGAUCCCAGCGCCACAUGUACCUGAACCCUUCAGUACUAACCUCAGCAGUCCAUCAUUCACCGUAAGCAGUGAGCAUUGAUAGUUCUUUUUUUGUAACAGUGACUGCAAAAGGUGCUUCAUUCAUUGUAAAGCAUUUUGGGAAAUCUAGAGAGCAAGGCAGGUAAUUGCAGGAGCUUCUUUGCCAUUUAAUUUCAUGACUUUUGUUACCACUGAACACCC